CACACCCCUAGCAAUACAUGCUCUCAGCGGCAGAUUCGGAUUGGACAGACUGCUAGCUUGUUUCAGGAAGAUGGGAGACGAUUUAGGUGACGAGUGGUGGGCACACGAGGAUAAAUCAGAUGCAUCUGAGGCAGAGGAGGAGACGCAACAAGAGAAACAGCCAACAGAAAAAGCCCCAAAGAACACAAAGACCAAACCAGAGAAGAGGAAGAGUGUAACAGAGGGAACAGUCAAAGCCAAGAAGAAGAAAAGUAAUGAACAGAAAGUGUCUAAUAUUCCUCCAAAGACGGAGACCGACGAUGAUAAGACGACAAAACCCAAAAGAAAGAGGAAGAAAAAGACGAUUACAGACGUCUUGGCCUCUUCGGAGCCAAAACCCGGCUGUCCGGCCGACCUGCAGAGCAUGGUCACGCUUUACUUCUCCGACAAGCGUUCUGUGAUCGAGCAGGAGGAGCUCGUACUGCAGGACUCCAGCUUCCUGUCCUGUAACGACCUGACGCACACACUGUCCUCUUUUCUGAAACAGGUUUGUCCCAAGUGGUCGAAGAUUCAAAAGCAGCACAAAGAAAAGAGUUCAGUGGUUCUGCUCAUCGUCUGUAGUUCGGCUCUCCGUGCCAUCGAGCUCCUUAAGCAGAUGACAGCCUUCAAAGGUGAAGCCAAAGCAGUAAAACUUUUUGCGAAACAUAUCAAGAUAGAGGAGCAGGUGAAGCUGCUGCAAAAGGGCGUCACACACGUGGGAGUGGGGACACCUGGCAGGAUCAGCGCUCUCAUUGAGAAAGAUGGUUUGAGCUUGAAGGCGUUGAAGUACGUGGUUCUGGACUGGAACUGGAGGGACCAGAAGCUCAGGAGGAUGAUGGAUGUACCUGAGGUCAAACUGGACUUUAUGAAGCUGCUGGAGAGCGGUAUCCUGAAUGGAUGUAAAGAAGGCAAAGUCAAAAUUGGACUAUUUUAACUGCCCGUACACUUCGCUGUGCGCUGAGAUUCCAGAGACACUUUCAUGUUUUAAAGCCCCACACUGAAGUCUGAUCACUAUGUGCCGAGGGGCCUCAUCCUGUUUGUAUUCCCUUUGUGUCUCUGUGAAAUCUGCGCUGUGCCUUUUUAUAUUUCCAGAGGCCGUUUUCAAAUGUGUGCUGUUGUUUGUUCACUGUUGUUGUCCAACACGACAUCCCAGUGUGAUGGAUUGAAUAAACGAACUGAGAAUGAAA